AUGUUGAAAAAACUAAAUUUUAUUCAUCUAAAAUAGUUUGUAGUAUCAUCUCUAUCUUCUCUUACUGAUGUUGAGAUAGACUUAACUUACUCAAAUUUAAAUGAAGAGUCUUCAUAAAUAUUAGGCAAAGCGUUAGAAAGUUGUUAAAAGCUCUAAAAUUUAGCUCUUUACCUUUCAGGAAAUGAAAUUAAUGCAAUGGGUGCAUCAUAUUUAGGCUUAGGCUUAUAGAACUGCCCAAAUCUUUCAGUCUUAAUACUAUUCCUUAGCUAAAAUAAAUUAUGUGAUAUAGGAGUAUACAAUAUAGGUAAUUCUUUGUCUAGGUGUCCUAAUCUCUAAAAUCUGACAUUAUAGCUCUAAUCUAAUAAUUUUGGAGCUAAUGGUAUAGAAAAUUUAGCUUUUGCUUUAUCAAAAUGUGCUCGUUUAUCAAUUUUGACACUUUAUCUAUAAAAUAAUUUCCUUUAGGAUAAAGGAGCUUAAAUUCUUGGGUCUGCUCUAUAAAACAUGUAGAACCUCUAAAAUUUGAAACUUGACCUUGGGUGUUGCAAAAUUGGUAACUAAGGAGCUAUAGAUUUAGUUUAGAGCUUUGUAAAAUGCAGUAAAUUAAAAUAAUUGAUGCUUUAUCUCUAUACAAACUCAAUUGAUGAUCUUGGUUUACGAAAUCUAUGCAUUGCUUUAAAAAAAUGCAAUAGAAUAUAAAAUUUUGUACUCUGUCUUAUUGAGAAUAAACUUAUGAACGUAAAGGGAUUAUAGUUACACAAAAAAAUAACUAAGAUGAAGAGAUUAGUUAGUUACUAAAUUUAGAUUGUUGCUUGA